GGCGGCGGGGCGCCUUGAGGGGAAGAUGCCCGUGGCGGUGAUGGCAGAGAACUCCUUCAGCUUCAAGAAGCUCCUGGAGCAGUGCGAGACCCAGGAGCUUGAGGCCCCUGGAGGAAUAGCAACACCCCUUGUUUAUGGCCAACUUUUAGCUUUAUACCUGUUGCAUAAUGAUAUGAAUAAUGCGCGAUAUCUUUGGAAAAGAAUCCCUCCUGCUAUCAAAUCUGCAAAUGCUGAACUUGGUGCAGUUUGGUCAGUAGGACAAAGAAUCUGGCAGAGAGACUUUCCAGGAAUCUAUACAACAAUCAGUGCACAUCAGUGGUCUGAGACUAUUCAACCAAUCAUGGAAGCACUUAGAGAUGCAACUAGGAGACGAGCCUUUGGACUGGUUUCUCAGGCAUAUACCUCAAUAGUUGCAGAUGAUCUUGCAGCUUUUGUUGGGCUUCCUGUAGAAGAAGCUGUGAAAGGUGUAUUAGAACAGGGCUGGCAAGCAGACUUUUCAACUCGUAUGGUAAUGCCUAAAAAGCCAGGUGUGCUGGAAGCUUCGUUUAACAGAUUUAUUCCUUCAUCAGAGCCUGCUCCGGUUCCACCAAUUCCAAAUGAACAGCAGUUGGCCAGAUUGACUGACUAUGUGGCUUUCCUUGAAAAUUGAUUACCCUGCUCCUGUAUUCAGAACAACUUGGGAAUCCUGUGUACUGACAGUUUUAGAAAUCUAAGAUUUAUUUUGUUUCGUAUCUGUUAAACAUUGCAGCGUCCCCUACUCAAUGUGUGAAGUAUACACUAUGUUAGCCCAAUUCGUGUUUUGACAAAGUUGCUA